CGGUCUCCAGGAUCCCGCCCGGGUCCGGCGCGGGGCCGGGAUGGACGGGGCGGCGGCGCCGCCGAGGAGCCCGCCGGAGAGGAAGGUUUACAUGGACUGCAACGCCACCACCCCCCUGGAGCCCGAGGUCAUCCAGGCUGUGACGGAGGCCAUGCGGGAGGCCUGGGGCAACCCCAGCAGCCCCUACACCGCCGGAAAGAAAGCCAAGGACAUCAUAAAUGGGGCACGGGAGGCCCUGGCCAGAAUGAUUGGAGGCAAAUCCCAGGACCUCAUCUUCACCUCCGGGGGCACCGAGUCCAAUAACUUAGUGAUCCAGUCCGUGGUGAGACACUUCCGUGAAAGCCAGCCCUCCGCGGGGACCCUGCCGGAGCAGCCCGGCCCCGCCCAGGGCGCCCAGCCCCACGUCGUCACGUGCACCGUGGAACACGACUCCAUCCGCCUGCCCCUGGAGCACCUGGCGGACAGGCAAGAGGCCGAGGUGACCUUUGUCCCCGUGUCCACCGUGAGCGGCCAGGUGGAGGCUGAGGACGUCCUCGCGGCCGUCCGCCCCACCACGUGCCUCGUGACCGUCAUGCUGGCCAAUAACGAGACGGGCGUCAUCAUGCCUGUCCCUGAGAUCAGCCAGCGCGUCAGAGCGCUGAACCAGAGGCGGGCAGCCUGCGGUCUGCCUCGGGUGCUCGUGCACACGGACGCCGCACAGGCGUUGGGGAAAAGGCGCGUGGACGUGGAGGACCUGGGCGUGGACUUCCUCACCAUCGUGGGCCACAAGUUCUAUGGCCCCAGGAUUGGCGCGCUCUAUGUUCGAGGGCUCGGUAAACUCACCCCCCUGCACCCCAUGCUGUUUGGAGGUGGACAAGAGCGGAAUUUCAGGCCAGGGACGGAGAACACCCCCAUGAUCGCCGGCCUCGGGAAGGCCGCCGAGCUGGUGAGCGAGCACGGGGAGGCCUACGAGGCGCACAUGAGGGAGGUCCGCGACUACCUGGAGGACAGGCUGCAGGCGGAAUUUGGCAAGAGAAUCCAUCUGAACAGCCGGUUUCCGGGGACGGAGCGGCUGCCCAACACCUGUAACUUCUCCAUCCGGGGACCCCAGCUUCAAGGCUGCAUGGUGCUUGCCCAGUGCCGGACGCUGCUGGCCAGCGUCGGGGCCUCGUGCCACUCAGACCAAGGGGACCAGCCGUCCCCCGUGCUGCUGAGCUGCGGCAUCCCCUUCGACGUGGCCAGGAACGCGCUCCGGCUCAGCGUGGGCCGCGCCACCACCAAGGCCGAGGUGGACCUGGUCGUGCAGGACCUGAAGCAGGCCGUGGCCCGGCUGGAGGGCCAGGCCUAGGCC